AUGGCUUUUACGUCGGAGGCCAUCGUUGCCAGAGGCCCUUUCAGCGAAGGGAAAUGGGCUAUUGAACCGGUAAAUCUUCGAGAGCUUCGUGCAGAUGAGGUUCUUGUUGAGAUUGUUGCCUCUGGCAUCUGCCAUACAGACUUGCACUGCGGCGACACGGCCGAGGACAAAGGAGUUCCUGGCGUGUAUUAUCCCAGGGUUCUUGGGCAUGAAGGCUCCGGCUACGUGGUCCGUGUUGGAAGCAGCGUCACAAAGGUCAAGGCCGGCGAUGCGGUCUUCCUCUCCUUCUCAUACUGUGGAUCGUGCCACGUUUGCAAAACCGGACCGCCAUCUCACUGCACCAACUUUUUCGAAAUCAACUUCAUGGGUGAACCUGUCUUCUCUGACGGAAUCAGCGGUCGCUUUUUUGGCCAGUCUAGUUUAGCCCACCACACUGUUGUGAGCGAUAAGUCCGUUGUCAACGCCAAUGGCCUUGGUCUUACUCGUGACGAGCUGAGGAUACUGGCACCGCUUGGGUGUGGUCUUCAAACCGGCAGCGGAACUGUCGUCAACGUUGCGAAAGCCGGACCCGAGGACUGCAUCACCAUCGCGGGCAUGGGAGGUGUCGGUUUGGCAGCCGUCAUCGCCGCGAAGAACCAAGGGUGCAAGACCAUUAUUGGAAUAGACCGAUUGGAUUCCCGCCUCGAGCUGGCGAAGUCACUUGGCGCAACGCACAUUAUCAACACAACCGGGCUAGAGAUGGCACAAGUCACGGAGAGGAUCAAGGAGGCCGCAGAUGGACUAGGAGCAACCAUCUGUAUCGACACAAGUGCCUACCCGCCACUUCUUAAUGCCCAGAUCCAAGGAACACGGUACAUGGGCAAGAUCAUUCAGGUUGGAACGGGUAUGCCGGAGGCUCAUCUCGAGCUUCAUAUGCAGAGUUUCAUGGUCAGCGGGAAGCAGUAUUUUGGGGCUAUCCAGGGACACGUCAACACGACGGAAUACAUUCCUCAAAUGGUUCGGUGGUGGAGAGACGGAAAGUUUCCUGUUGAGAAGCUUAUAAAGGUUUUCCAGUCUGGCGAUUUUGGAUCGGCUGUAAAAGCUAUGAAACGCGGCGAUGUGGUUAAGCCCAUAAUUGCAUGGUCAUGA